AGUACAUGAAGCUGAAAAAAUACUUGGAAGAAAUAGACGAACGACAAAAAAGAGCUCUGCUGCGAAACCAGGCCAUUUUAAAGGAAUUGAACCAGUUUGAAGCUCAUAUGAAAACUUCAAGUUCGGAGCUAAUUCAGAAGAUGGAAGUAACUUUCUAGAAGACUUACUGCAUUAGUGCUUGUCAUUACUACAGGGGUUGCUGAAUAGGUUCUGUCUGUGUAUUUUGCACAUCCAGGCUGGUGAAACUUCAUGCCAUGUUUGAGUGCUUAAAGCAGAUUUGAAAUAAACCCAAACGAUACUAGUAAAUGAGGUGGUAGACACAACAGUAGCUGCAGAGAUAGUCAGUAGCACCUCACAGAACUGUACCUUUGGCCUGUACUACAGGCCAGUGUCCUUAUGAGUUUCUUGGAAGUGAGGGAGAAUUGACAUCAAAAAAUUGUGAAGAUGGAUUGUAUCAUGUUUGGAGUUACAGUGGUAAUAAAACAGCAGGUCUAGGUUAGGACAAGAAGAGGACUAGAGUUGUAAUAUUUUCAUAAACUUUUUUAUUAAGAUUAUAUUUUACUAAGGCUUUCUAUCACCUAAAAAGCCACAACCUAUUUCACUGAAGCUGUUUCAGGACAUGUUUUUAAUUCUGCUGACGUGAUUGCCCUAAGCAGGCAUAGCUAGGCUUGUCUCUACCUAUUGCACUUUCUUCACCAAAAAAAAAGGUGUAAGAGUAAGUGACUUCUGUUAAAACAAAUUACUGUGUUGGAACUAUUUGGACUAAAGCAUAUCUAAAAUGAGUUUGCAGUCAGUUCUAUUACUAGGCAGUCCUGUUGAAUCACUUAGGUCUUUGCUUUCAAUGGUUUUAUGUGUACAUAUGUUUGAUUCAUUUGCCUUCAGAGCUGUAAAAUUUAACUUUUUCUCUGGGCUGGUAAAUUAAAACCCAGGGAGUUUUCAUCACCUUGAGUAAUUGAGAUGUUACUAUUUUGUGUUACUUCACUGAAGUAACUGAAAUAUUUGGGAUAUUACAAAGUGAUAUAGAUUGGAAAUGAUCUCAGAUUCAAAGAAAUGGCUUGUGCUCAUGCCAUUUAUAUAUGGAGUCAAAUUUUGGGGGGCUGAAAAAUCAAAUCUUUUUUUCUGGGAGGGAAGUUUGUUUAUAUCUGCUUUUGAAGAGAAGCAGUGUUUUUUGAAAACAUUUUAUGGGGACAUUUAUGUGAUUCUGCCACUCUUUUUUUUAACUUGCUGGAAUAAAAGAGGGGAGGAAACAAAUUAGUUGGGGUGUUCUAAGCCCCUGUUUUGUGAUACGAACGUGAUACUGUGUGGUUGUCUAGAACUCAGCUGUGAUGGCUUUUAUUUGUUUGAAAUGCAGUUUGAAUUAAAACUGGAACAACCUUAUCCAAGUAUAUUGUUUUUUCUUCCCCUUUCCUACUCAGGGACACAUGCAAUUUCAUCUGAGAUAGUAGAGCUUAGACUAUGAUCCUUUUAAAAGGAGUUGUUUAAAAAAUUCUGUGUUUGGGUUCAAGAAAUACGCACCAGCACCUUUGGAUGACAAUGAUACAGGGCUGAAAGAAAAGGUGUGGAUUGGCUGAUCUGGGGGGUUACAGUUACAGCAACUAUAGGGAAAGAAAGGUAUGAGCACUUCUGAAAAUAGGUAAGAGAAGGAAAGAGCCAGACUGUAACAUAAACAGGGAGCAGGAGGGAGGAAAAGUGUGAAGCAAUGUAGAAGUUUUAAAAACAAGUGAACCUUCAUUUAAAAUAUUCUUUAAGCUUUUCUCAUAGUAUGCUCUGGAAACAACAGUAGGAAGCAUUGUUAGAGCUUACUCUGAAGUAGGGAUGUAGAAGCAUCAAUGUGCUUUAUUUUUUUUCUUACUGUCUGGUUUGGCUUUCACUAGCUGCACAGGACAAGAAAGCCUUUGAAUGCAGUUCUUCGUUUAGAAAAGUUCCUUUCAAUAGAUAAAUGUAUGACUUGAAACGUGAAUCUGUUCUUUCAAAAAUCCUCUAAACUAUUGAUACUAAUGUUUAUAAGGACUCAAAGACCCUUCAUUAGCUUUUCUGCAUCAGUGUAAUGUAACAAGUCCUACACUCUAACUUUGUACUGUAGUUAAAAACAUAAUGUUUUUAAAUUAGUUCUCUGAUUGCAUCAAGGAUCUUGGUUUUGUAUUAAGCAAAAUGACUAGCUGGCUUCAAACUACUCUGCCAUUAGUUGUAACUCACAAUAUAUUAACCCUGCCUUCCAAUGCUCAUCUUAAAGUAAAUAGCCCUAAUCUUUUCUUUUGUCUCUUCAAAUGGAAUUUUUAUGCCUGUAGUAAUUUUUAAUGCUUUUUCUGGAAUGCCCUCGGUAUCCCAUUUGAGAUGGAGUGAUGAGAACUGUUCAUGUUAAUUAACGCUCCCUUUGAGAUGUCGGUGGGUUUGUGCUUAUGUUUCUAGUUUGGAAGGUCGCUUUUGUGUUGUCAUGGACUUCAGUGUACAGAGCAGGUGCCUGGGGGCUUAAUAGCUGCUCUCCCUGCCUUUGGAAGUGAGGAAGCUCUCUGAAGAUACAGAUCUCUCUCAUGGUGGCAAUUGACUUACACUCAUAAACCAAUCAUCUGGCAAGCAUCACAUGGCUGCAUACCUGCAUUCAUAACUUCCUCGCACAGCUAUAUUCCUGUCAAUGGCUGGUCAUUUUUAUAGCCUGUUGGGUCUGGUGACAUUGAAGAAACAUCUUUCCUUUGCUUCAGCUUAGUGAUGUACAGUUUAGAGACUAUCCCUGGGGUGGCUGUGCAAGUCUGUUUUGUUUCAAAGCAGAUUGAGGUCAGGAGUAUUUUGUGAUGCUAGAUUUUCCCUGUUGUGUUUGGGGAUUUUUUUUUGAGCAACCCUCCUACAUACCCCUGUGGUAGGCUCUUACAAUGUAUUUUUGUGAGUCACAGCUGUGCCAUGGGCUGAUAUGCAUGCAGUGUUUCCAUUCAUUGCUUCCAUUUUGGUAUUUCUGUGCCAUCCAUUUUAUUUUUGCUGGCUUAGACUUGCUUUUUUUGAGCUGUUAAACAAAGCACAGAUUACAUACUCUUUAUACUACAAUUAUGAAAAGCUACCUUGUUGUGGAGAAUUAUGAAGCAUGUAAUCAUUUAAUCUAGCAUGGAAGUACAACUGACAGAAAUUAUUACUUUUUCUUUUUUUUUUUGUUUGAGAGAGAAUGUCCUUUAAGAGUGCUUUAUCGUAAUUAUGCACACAAGUUAUUACGUGUUGUAGCUGAAAAAAGUUUUUGUUUUUGAAAGAUUUGCUAUUUUGUUGUUUUCUUUUUUGUUUUCUCCCUGUGUUUGUCUGCAGUCUGUUAAGUAUUUUGGGGGAGUUGAAGUAAAAUCACUCAAGCUUUCAGGAAAAUCCGGUAGUUAUAUCUGAGUUUCUUUUGAAUUUAAUUCUUGUGAGGUUAGAUUCUGUUUCUUAAAAGUUGUUGUUUUGUUGUUUAUAAUUUUAUGAAAGGCUUCUGUUGCCUGGAAGACAGAAGACUUGCUGAGUACACCAUUGGUAUGAAGUGCAGGGAAUGGUAUGGGAGAGAAAUUAAAAGUGCGUUGUCGCUUCAAGAGGGCAGCUUGUCAGCACGAGGUGACGAGGAAGAAUACAACAAGCAGAAUCCGUGGGUUGUGAGACCAGCAGGAAUUCACUCCGGGACAGCCAUGUCAAGAGGCUUAUAUCACCCAGCAACAAUCUUCAUGGGCCACCACAUGUCAGCUGCCUGGAGCAUGCAGCAGAAAGCCUCGCAUGCUGCUGAGAGCCACUCUGUGCCUGAGCCCUGCUCCCACAGACAGGCAGCGCUGAGCAGUGAUGAGACAGGCAGAUGCUUCCCACGGGUGGGCAGUGACAUGCCAUGUACGAAUAAACCUGACAAACAAGAUGCGAAGGCAGAUGUCCUGGUGUGGGAGAAAAUGCCCAUCACAUCCGGAGUGGCAUUGGCAGAGAGCAGCAUGCGCAGUAGCCUUACUAAUUUAACAGAGCGCAGAAAUCCUGCUGAAUGCCGCUCGCUGUCACCCAACAGAGGAAGUGUGGAGAGCAGGACUGCUGACUUAAACAGUGACAUCUCAGUGGAGGAGGAGGAUGUGACCCGUGAGCACCUGGUAGCAAGUGCAGAAGACAAGCAGCCUGUCCCUGUGGCAUUUGUUCCUGAGCCCGGCAUCUCUGAGGAAGACCAGGAAAGCAUCCCAGGACCCCAGGAUGGCCUGAGUAACGGGCAACCAUCACAGGCAGUGAGCGAGGACAGCAGCAGCGAGCCCCUGGUGUGUGCAGGCAAGGGGAUGCUGAUGGCAGCAGGGAGCAGGACGUGGGCUGGAGGCACCCACCCCGCAGAGGUAUUCUCUCCGCAGCCAUCCAGCCCCUGUGCAGCAGAAGAAGAGCCCCUGGGCAGCCUGGCAGCAGAUGGCUUUUGUAGUCAGGCCAGCAGCCUGAAAGAAGAUGACCUUGAAGCUGGAGAAGCAGCUCUCUGUCAUCAGCCAAAGGCGUUACUGCAGAGCCUGCGGGGUGGCCACCCCCUCCCUGGGAACACACUGUGUGCUGCCCGUGGAGCUGGGGAGCAGAGCAGGCCAGACCUGCCACAGGAUGUGGAUGUACUGGAUGUACAGGAUGUACUGCAGGCUCCUCUGAGAAACCCCAUGUCGUCUGUGGCAGGGCACUGCUCUCUGCUCACUGAAGAGGUGGUGGCGAUGUUUGAAAACCUGCUGGUUUCGGGGAAGGAAGUGCCAGAUGACCAGGCUCCACCGCUGUUGAGAGAGGUCCUUCCAGAAGAAGGGUGUGGAGAUAGGUCAUCUAUUCAGAGUAAUGAAUCAUCUUACAGCUUGCCAUCGAUCCCAAAUGAUGGUGGGGAAAUAAAGCAGGCAAAACAUGCUCCCCAGCUUGAUGGCACAGGAAAGCAAGGUUGUGAUAUUGGUAAUGAUAGUUCCAAAAGAAAAGAAAGCCAAGAAAUGUGUUCAGAAAGGAGUUCAUCCAGUGAAAGAAGUGGUGACCUCUCAAGGACUGGAAUCAGGAAAGAAUUUGUAACUGCUAUAAAAUCCAAAGCUUUCUGGGGCAUAUCUGAUGUCAGCAGCUCGGAGAGUGAGGCUGCUUUGCAUCCACAAGUUCACAGCACAGAAGCAGAUGAAUUUGACUUCUAUGAUUGAGAUUCCACCUCUGGCUUUUAGGAAAGAAAUCAACAGCUUGCACAAGGUCGGAGUGCUGCUAUGUUGAAAGUGCACCUCAUCCCUUUGUAUUUGAAGAAAAUUUUAAAUGCAAAAUAAAUAUUAUAUACAGCCUC